UCUCGGUCUCUCUCUCUCUCUCUCUCUCUCUCUCUCUCUCUCUCUCUCUCUCUGUCUCUCUCUUUCUCUCCCUUCCCCCUUUCCUAUCUCCAUCUCUGCCUCUAUCUCGAUAGAUAGAUAGAUACAUACAUACAUGAUAGAUGCAUAGAUAGAUAGAUACACAGAUACAUAGAUAGAUAGAUAGAUAGACAGACAGACAGACAUAGAUCUAUGAGGCUGUGAAUUAUUCACAUGUUAGAGACCCUCACUGGGUUUCUGGAUGGAAAAGGGGGCUAGGGAAGACUCUAGCAAGAAGCAGAGGUAGAGCAAAAAUCCCAUCUCUCCCCGCGCUUCUGCAGAGGGAACUUGCCAAGGCUGGAACUGGAGGGAAAGGCAGCUUAUCCACUCCGCUGCCCGCCUCAGAGGCUCCCUACCUUGUUGGCCACUCCAGGAAUGUAACUCACCCUGACUGACCCCAGCCCGCCAAGGCCCCACUUACUGACACAAGCACACCUGACCACCCGCAGGCUCCCCCUUGGUCCCGUCUGCCCUCACCUGGCUCCUUGGUUACCUCUCCUCCACUCUCUCCUACUGGCACCAGCAGCCUGCUUAUUCCGAGUCCUUCCCUGACACUGGGAGGGAAGAAAAAGGGAAAUUGCCACCUCGGAUGACCCUCAAACCUGCUGCUUGGAGCCUGAGCUCAGGGCCAGAGGAAAGGCCAGACCUGGCCCAGACUAUGUGGUUUUCUGGCCUGCAAGGUUGGGGUGACCAGCGGGGCCCUCAUCCGGGCCUUUCUCACAAUAGAGAGGAGCAUGGGAAGUGGCUGGGAGCCAGGUACUCGGGCGGACCCCUACUCCCCAUCCAGCUCCAGGUCACCGCCUGGAGCAGGUAUACCAACAUCUCUGUCCAUGCAGAAUCCUGUCUGUCCCUCUGUGGCUCACACACAUGGGCAUUUCAGAAUACUGAUGAAAAAAAAUUUUUAAAAAUCUUUUUCCUUUUUACUGGUACCAGGGAUCGAACUCACGACUGCCUGCUUGCAAGGCAGGUGCUUAUGCCGCUGAGCUAAAUCCCCAGCCCCAUACUAAUGAAAUUUUAAACUUGAUUGUGUCAUUGAUCUGUCCAAGCACCUUCAGGCACACAUAUUUCAGAGACAAGGAAAGUGAGGAAGCACAAAGUACAAGGCCGGCCCAAGGCUGCCGAGCAGUUUGUGGAGAAGCAGGAGCGCCUGCCUCCGGGACCCCAUCCAGCCCCAGCCCAACUCCAUGACUCAGAGCUUUUCCCAAUGUCACCUUUCCCUUUCCUGAGUCACGACAGACUCAGGUAUGUGUAAGGUGUGUGGGUCAGGAGUCACACCUUCUCCAAAGCCUCACCUCUCUUGCAUCAGCAAGGACAGCUUGUCAGCGGUGUCCCCGUGACUGUCUCUUGGGACAGGCUGCCUGCUCACUGUCCGUGCCACACAGGCAUGGAGGCACAGGCAUGUCCACGUUCUCUCUGACGCUCUGGCUGCACUCUGGGACACUCACUUGGAGAAGCUCCAUUCUGUGUUCUCAGGGACUGGCUACUGGGUGAAUGUAACCCACACAAGGACCCCUGUGCAGCAUCCUGGUGGAAAACUAUGGCUGCCGAGUGACCAUGAUGCUGGGUGGCAUGCUGGCCAGCCUGGGCAUGGUGGCCAGCUGCUUCAGCCGCUCUCUCAGCCAGCUCUUCCUUACAGCCGGACUGAUCACAGGCCUGGGCAUGAGCCUCAGCUUCCAGUCCAGCAUCACAGUGCUGGGCUUGUACUUCAUCCGCCGGCGGCCGCUGGCCAAUGCACUGGCCUCCACUGGCAUCUCCCUGGGUGUCACCCUCUGGCCUCCAUUCGCCCGCUACCUCUUGGAGAACCUGAGCUGGAGGGGCUCCUUCCUUAUCUUUGGGGGGGUCCUCCUCCAUUGCUGUGUCUGCGGGGCCAUCAUCAGGCCUAUAGCCACCAGUGUCCCCAAGACCAAAGAAGAUCCACUUCACCCCUCCAAGACACCAGCACAAAGCUGCCCGGGAGCAUGGGGCUCGGCUGUCCGGCACCAUCUGGCCUUUGAUAUCCUGCAACACAAUGUGGGCUACCGUAUCUACACACUGGGUGUGAUGUGGAUGUUCAUGGGUUACUUGCUGCCACCUAUCUUCCUGGUGCCAUAUGCCAUAAAGUAUGGAGUGGACGAGUACCAAGCAGCCCUGCUCAUCUCCAGCAUCGGCUUCUGCAGCACCUUCCUGCGGCCAGUGGUGGCACUGGUGACAGGCCGGCCAUACUUUGCCUCCUACCGAAAGUACCUGUUCACCCUGGCAGUCCUGCUCAAUGGGCUCUCCAACCUGGUGUGCACAGUAUCAGCCAACUUCUGGGUGCUGGCAGGCUUCUGCCUGUUAUACAGCGCGUCCAUGAGCGGCAUUGGCAUCUUCAUCUUCCAGGUCCUUAUGGAAAUUGUCCCCAUGGACCGGUUCCCCAGUGCGCUGGGCUUCUUCUCUAUCAUUAUCGGCAUUAGUUCCCUCAUCUCCCCACCACUGGCUGGCUUCGUCCUGGACCGCACUGGGAACUUCUCCUACGUUUUCUGCAUGUCAAGCUUCUUCCUCAGCUCAGCUGGACUUUUUGUGGCUGGAGGAUUCUACUACCUGAAGAAGAAGGAACAGCAAGGCAGGCAACCCAAGGCAGAAGGAGCCACCCCAGAGGCCAGUCUGACGCAGGGGCCUGCCGCACAAGGCCAGGACAGUCCCAAGGAGCAGCCACUCCUUGAGAUGGUGACCAGUGUCUGAGGUCUGCUCGGGGACUGACAUUGCUGCCAGCCAGCAGAAUCCAGGAGCAGGCCUUUCCGGCUUUCUCCUUUGGGUCUGGGAAGGUGUCUCUGAGCCCUGCUGGGGGCUAUCAUGCAAGUCCAGCUCGGUAGGUAGCUGACGGCGGCUGCUAUUCCCCAUCACACUGGACCUUCCCAUCCAACCCACAGCCCUCCAACAUCGGCUCUCCUUGUCCUUCUGUGGCCUCAAGACAGUUCUAAGAGUGCACUUCCUCCAGGGACACAAGCAAUCUGCCUUGACUCUCAGGACAACCAAGACUAGAGGUGUGGCUGCACAAGCAGCUACAUCUCACACUGACUGCAACCCCGGGAGGAGCAGCAGCGGAAGGGCAGGCGGGGAAGUUGGCCUGGAUGCAAGGUGGGGACAGAGUGAAGGGCGGGUGGAACAUCUGCUACCCUUGCACCUGUGCAGAGCAAGUCCUUGGCUUAGGUCCCCAAAUCUGGGAAGCCUGAGGAGUCCCUUGGUACCUCAGCACACACUGCUCCAGGGUCUUCUCUCCUUUGUCCCAAUCUCUCCUUGGUGGAGAGAUUUAGUGACAGGGCACAAGGAACACAGAGGUUUGACUGACCAGAAGAGGGGAAGGGUUGCUAAGUAGCCCAAGCACCAUGCUGAAAACAGGACUGCAUUUGCAACAGAAGCCCUGUGAUUCCCUCUAGCCUCCUGAGGCCUUUUCCUUACUGUGUUUAAGUGUCAACCCUAUAAAUCCCAACACUUGGGAGGCUGAGGCAGGAGGAUCACUGCAAGUUUGAGGCCAGCCUGGGUUAUAUAUUGAGUUCAAGACCAACAUGAACAACACAGAGGUCCUUGUCUCAAAAAUCAAUUUUUUUUUAAAAAAUUGAAACAAGAGAUAGAAGAAAAGUGUUAACCUAGGGGCUGGAGGUUUAGCUCAGCGGCAUAAGUGCCUGCCUUGAAAGCAGGCAGUUGUGAGUUCGAUCCCCGGUACCGAUAAAAAGGAAAAAGACAAAAAAAAAUUUCAAAAAAGAAAAGUGUUAACCUAAGACAGUAGCUGGCUGGGCCUCUGCCUGUGGCCUAGUGGCCAAAGCUACCUGCCUUACACAUACACUUUGCCUGUACUUCCCUAAAGGCAUCACCAAGCUGGCUGUAGUGCAGACUUGUCCCAACAAGGUAUCCCAGGAAAUGGGAAAGCAGUUUGUUUAAAUUAUACACAAAAAUGUUCCCUGGAGCAUAUCAUAGAUUCUGAACUAAUAAAACUGAAAAGUAAGCCCAGUGUAAA